AUGAAGGUCACCCUGGUGCUCCUGGCAGUGGCAGCUCUGUGCCUGGCAUUUUCCACAUCAGAUGCUGCCACACAGAAUGAGGUGGACUGCAGUGAGUACGAGAAGCUGGAGAGUGGGAGGCCCAUUUACUGUGAGAGGCUCUACCAACCCUACUGUGGCUCUGAUGGCAAAACCUACAACAACAAAUGCUCCUUCUGCAAGGCUGUGCUGAGGAGCAGAGGGGCCCUGCACAUGAAGCAGGCAGGAGCGUGCUGAGGGAGCUGUGCUGAGCGCAGCUCUGCUCUGCCUUUCCUGCCUUUCCUGCCUUUCCUCAUCCUGCCCUGCCAAGCCCAGCCCGGGGAGA